UGAAUAGAAAGCGGAUCUACUUCCGUUGUAUCCGGAUGCUCAUUUGUAACUGAAGGACUGUCAAUCUUUGAACACUCGGUGUUGCAUAUAAGAACACGUGUACAUAUUAUAAUUGGGACUUUAUUUACUUUUCCCCCCAGUUAUUACUCAGUCGGAUUAAGUAUUUAAUUUUUUCGAAUAUUGCAUUAUGAAUAUAAACUAAGGACUGCGCAGACUCAAACAGAUCGGCAAAAUUUGAGACGAGAGCCUUUACAAACAUCUCAACAAAACAACAUCUGUUAUCAGAUUUUUAUUUUUCUUUGUUGUUGAACCAGAAAAGAAAAAAUCCGGAGCUGGAGGCAGACGUCACGGUCAUCGUGUACAUUUUGUGCAAGUCUGGAAACGAGUGAUUUUCUAGUGUGAAAUGACGCUCUUCCAUUUUGGGAACUGCCUUGCUUUGGCUUACUUUCCGUACUUCAUCACAUAUAAGUGCAGCGGACUUUCAGAGUAUAAUGCAUUCUGGAGAUGUGUCCAGGCUGGAGCUACCUACCUCUUUGUGCAGCUCUGCAAGAUGCUCUUCUUGGCCACAUUUUUUCCCACGUGGGAGGGAGGAGCAGGAGUAUACGAUUUUGUUGGGGAGUUUAUGAAAGCAACAGUUGAUCUGGCAGACUUACUUGGGCUACACCUUGUCAUGUCAAGAAAUGCUGGGAAAGGUGAAUACAAAAUCAUGGUAGCAGCUAUGGGAUGGGCUACAGCAGAGCUCAUCAUGUCCAGGUGCAUUCCUUUAUGGGUAGGAGCACGGGGAAUCGAGUUUGACUGGAAGUAUAUUCAGAUGAGCUUUGACUCCAAUAUUAGCCUGGUACAUUAUAUUGCAAUGGCAGCAGUUGUUUGGAUGUUUACUCGUUAUGAUCUUCCCAAGAGCUUUCGCUUGCCCGUUACAGUCCUGCUGGGGUUAUGUGUCUACAAAGCUUUUAUAAUGGAACUUUUUGUUCAUGUGUUUGUACUGGGAAGCUGGACAGCUUUGCUAGUGAAAGCAGUGCUAACAGGGUCCAUCUCUCUCUGUUCACUCUUUCUCUACAUCAUGCUCGUUCAUAGCAACUGAAUCAAAAGAGCAAACCUCCUUGCAGCAAGAAAUAAGAGUACAUAAGCAGUUCAGCACACCUUCAAAUAAUGUUUUUCAUUGUUUUUUAUUACUGUAUUUAAAACACAUUGUUCAACAAUAAAAAAGUAUUUGUUUACCUUAAAA